UCCAGCCUGCGCUCAGUUCCAAAAAGGUCUCAUACAAGCCGUCCUCAGACUUGAAGUUUGUAUCACCAUCACUACUGACAGCUCUCUCUUGCUGUUCAGACUUGACUCACUCGCUCCAAGCUAAUCCUCUGCUCUUAAAAGGCCACUUCUUUCCUCUCCACAUCCUUACCAUUCCAUCACUUCGCCGACCGUUCCUCUUCCAAAUGGGAGUUCACCCAAAAGUCAGACCCAAUCAUGACCCUCAGACAUCCUGAACGCCUUGGUCCAGAGGGUGAAUAUGAUGACACUUCCUCAAGUACCGGAGGGGAUGCCUGGCCUGGAAAUCAACAUGAUGCGCACGAAUUAGCCCCAAUGCCUGCUGGGGAUACUGCCUCACCUCAAAAGAAGUUGGGUUGUGAUGAAUCCCCAGUUCUCCACCCGUAUGCCACAGAUUUCGGACCCAAAACCCUGAUACAAUACUUGGAAUCAGAAUGCGAUCGGCAAGGCUCACUCUCGCUUAUCGGUAAGGGUAAAGGAAAAGAGGUUGACAACACAAUACCGGCUCAGCCUUACCAAGGAAAUUACUCCUACGGACUGUACGGUGACGUGCAUAGCUAUGGAAACCAGGCAAGAAAAGGUCCCCAUGGCUCUUAUGCGGCGGAUGCUUUUUACCAUAGUGAGGCAGCCGGCAGACCUGCUACUGGUGCGAAUCCAACUGCGCACUCUACUCGUCCAACCAUGCAGCCGUUAUUGACGCAUGAACUGCUGAAGACGAGAACUCCUGUACUUGGCAACAUAACAAAUUCAGUACCGGGCUCUGACGACUCCAAGUCUGGUCCGUCAUAUGCCUCCACGGCAGGUAGACGCCGCUCACAACGCCUGGCUCAAAAGGAGGUUGCCUCCGAAGAUCCUGGCCGUGAUGAACCAACUAUCGCCUCGACCUCAACGCCAACUGCACAAAAUGCAACGAAUCAACUGCCAUGGGGAAAUGCGCCUACAUCCAACUGGGGUCCUGGUGACUUCUCUCGGUCAUCUCGGACAACAAACUUCGAAGAGCACACUAAAACCAAGCGGCAGGCGGUGCGUGAGGGGGCCCUUGAAGCACCCUUUGUUCAAGAAGGCAAUCCUGCACAUCUACACAAGAAGACCCGCCGGGGCCAAGCUGCCGUGGUGACAGCGAGCCCUACUUUCCGCGUUGAUUCUAUUGCCGGCAGUUCGUUGCUUACCGCUGCAGACGCCGAAAGUCAGUCACUGAAGCUACCGGUUAUCACGCUUGGACGUCGCUCUGUUCCAGAUACUGCCUGCCAGUCUGACAGACCUGCUGGGAAUAUCGCGAUAAGUCCUUCCGUCACCGCAGACUUGUCGACUUCCAAGAUUCGCAAAUCGCUCCACCAUGUACGAUCUGGACAAAAUUAUGGACUUCAGCCCCGGAAGCACUCCAUACCUACCUUCAACUAUGGAGCGAUUGUCCCAGAACACAUUCCAUGGAGUGAGAAGGAAAAUUUUGUAAAUGCCAUGGAAGGCGUCAGCCUUGAGCCUGAAACACACUCACAGUCAGAAACUGUGAAUGAGGCUGAAGCAGCUAAUGACUUUUCCUCUCCUGCUCCUUCAAAAUAUCCGCGGAUGUGGGCCGCUUCCCGGCCAAAGGACAUAAAGUCUUGCGGCUCUAGGUUUUCAAUAGCAAGAGUCCCUGUUGAGCCAGGGGCAGCCAUCCCCACCCUUUUGGAAGACUUCAAUCCAGACCUGUGGAUGGGUAUCGCCAGGUAUCUCUCCACUCAGGAUGUGAAGCGCCUACGUCUUGUCAACCGGAGCUUUGCGCGCAGCCUCGAACCCAUUGUUUUUCGCAAUGUCGUCAUCAACUUCGGGAAAACAUUCUUUGACGUGAAUGACGGGAACUCCGACAGUGAGGGCGUGUGGACCCCGACCAAUUCUAUAUUUCAGAAAUAUGGAUCUAAGAUCAAUCAGUUUGGUGUCUCCUUCGAGUACGACGUGCAUGGCCUGUGCCAAGCGAAAUCCAAGGUAAUCGCAAAGGAGCAAACUGCAUGGUUCGGGACGUUCACCUGGCCCAUGGAGCAGUAUCCACGCUUUCCCGCAUUGCAAGCCGUCGAAGACCUCGUGGAUCACAAUCGCCCCCUGCUGAAAGAAGCUUUGAAACACGUGACGAAGGCGUCAGAACUUGGGCUGUGCAUUGAUAGUGGACAUGGAUGGCUUGAGGGGCCCGACAUCUCGGAUCUCGCUUUGUUCAACAGACGUGUAGCAAACGGCAGCAAGGUUUUUGGAAAGACAUUCCCGACUGAGGACAGUUGGACCGCCUUUGCUCGCAACGAGUACUUCCGAUGGGCCCAGCAAAACACCAUCAACGAGACCGUUAAGCACAUUCUUGGGGACGAACGCCCAGAGCGAGCCAUAGCUCUCCAUGAGUUGCGAUUUUUGGAGAGCGUUGAGAUACGUGACAUCGACAGCUUCAAAUCACAAGCACAGCAGCCUGACUACGAGCCGGAAGUCCACGUAGGUGGCGGCAUGCCAGGUUUGCCAAAUCUUCCGCUACCACCCCCGGCGCUGGCCAACUGGGCGCCAGUAGAUGCCGCAACUGCACGCCGCAUCCGUCGUGCUUCAGCUCGUCGUCGAUCACCUCCACGAAGACACCUACAAUGGCCUCUGAUUUUCAGUGGACACAACAUUGCAGCUGAAGUGGGCGGUCAUUGCACCUUUGUGCAGGAAAAGACCGCACACCCGGCAAACUCGCCACUUCGCCCUGGUCGACUCACCGAAGCUCAAGCACAGUGGUUGAUGGAGACCGUUUGGGCACAACGAGCUUUUUUGUCGGCUUACACCACUGCUAUCAUCACCAACAAGCAGAACUUUAAGUCUAUUCAUAGUGUUCGGAUCUCCAAGCUUUCAUCCGGCUUGCUCCCAUCACUAGAACAGAAUGAAUUCUGGGACUCUCUGCCAGGCUUGAAGCACCUCCAGAUCCUCAUCAGCCCCGAUUGGCGCCAAGAGCAUUGUAUUGGAGACCGGUUCCAUCAAGAUAACAUGCCCAUCUCUCCUGCAAAGGCUGCCGUAUCGUUUACCCAGUUCCUGCGGAAAUAUGUGACCAAAAUGGAACGUCUGCAUAGUUUGACCAUCGGCUAUGUGGGUGGAGGGGAACACGCAGUUGGAAUGUUUGCACGAAAUCAGCAUGUCCUACCGGCCCCCAUCAUCAUCGAUCCGGCAGCAUGGCUUCACGGCGCGCCAGACGAAAAGGAACUUCCUGACAUGACCAAGUUUGAUCAUAUCCGCGAUCUGAAGUUUGAGAACUGUUGGUUCAGUCCUUCGAUGCUGGAAGGGUUCAUGAAAAAGAGCAGGGACACCAGUCUCCACUCCUUGACCCUUGACUCUGUCAGCAUGAUUGCUUAUCACGACGCCACGCUUGAACAUCCUCUCACGACAGCAGGAGAUAAUCUGAGCUGUGAAUACGGCCCAUAUAACUGGUACCGCGAGGAACUGCCCACCAGCGCCGCAUGGUGUCGGGUUCUGGAUCGCAUCACGCCCGGCAUGACUAUAAAGGAACGCAAGGAGCAGUCCAAAUUUCUGCACAGAAAUAGCCCAGAGCCACCACCACCAACCCAACGACCCUUCCGCGGAAACGUGGAGAAAAUCGUCCUAAACAGCUGCGGCUACGUCAAGAUUUCGGUUCCAAAUGUCCUCACACGUGCGUACAAGCAGAACGCCGCGGUUAUUCAUUCUCAUACGCCCAAAGAUGGUGGGAUCUUGGCUCGUAUGGAGCGAUUCAACGCGCAAACCAAUCCUCCACUUGCGACUGAAGUCCAAGUACCUGGAAUGCCACCACCACCACCGCCACCGCCACCACCACAGGCAGCAGCUACAGUGGCAGUGGUCCGUCCUCGUCGUCGGCGCCGUGGGUCCCACUCUGACAACGCAGCUGCCAACCGGAUCAUGAUGAGCGGCAGCGAAUAUCCUUGGCUAGGCAUAUUGACUCAAUGCGUCCAUCCCAUCGAAAUGCGAGUUUUGGAAAGAGGCUGGCGCAUGACAUUCGGCUGGCCCGACAAUCUGGAGCGUUGGGCUGCCGUCGAGGACGGCUUCUUCGAAGGCGGCACUGGCCGUUUCAGCGGCAUCGUUGAGCGGGAUUGGGUUCAACCCGACGAUGAUCUGUUUUGACGCACUACCGUUCGAUGAUAUUGUGUUGGGAAGCGAACCAUGGUCCAUGUCAAACCUGACUUCUGCUUCGCGAGAAGCGCUUCUCAGAGUCAUACUCGCGUAACUUCAGGAAAUGGAAAUACCAGUCGUGAUGCGUUUGGUCUUGCUUCUGACUUAGUUGCGAGCUGCAAGAAGGAGCGGGAGCGGGGGUUGGAAGCGAUAUGUGUUGGAGUCUCCACCUUGGCUUUUUUUUUUCUUUUUGUUUCAUGUUGGGUUCUGCAGUGGUCCAUUUUGCUUUUCUUUUUUUGCUGUUUCCCAAGGCAGGCGAGCAGACAAAGAGACAGACAGAGACACGAGAACACGGAUAGAAGAUACCCCAUCCUAUGGCCAUAGUGGCCUAGGAGCAAUGAAAAGUUGAUUGGUUUUUAUCUUGAAAAAAAGGACCAACUUCCAGGUUGUUUGUCUUUCAAUCUCCAACACGCGUUUCUCACGACAAAGUAGUAGUUGAAGUUGAAGUUGACCAGUCUCAUUGGAUAGUAAGUAAGUGUCUCUCAUACUUAAUCUUGUCCCUCGCAAGUCUAUGUAGGUCUAUAAUAGACCAUCAUGUAAGGGAGAAUAUCAUCAUUCAUCAACUCG